AUGGCCUCAGCCUUCAUCGUGGCAAUCGUCACGUUGGCGGCGUUGAUUUUCUCGAGGAACUUGUCGCGGGCCCACCAGCUGGAUGGCCUUGUCGACAAACAUACGGUGCAGUGCCGCGUCAUCCGAUGCCCCGGCCGACACGCCGCUCGCUUCCACAAACUCGUCGGUGGCCAGGCCCGUCCUCGCAAGAAUUGUGUCAAUCUCCUUGCGCGCGAGCACUACCAGCGCCGUGACGCCGUAGUAGCUGGCAAUGGCAUUGGUCCAGAUGUGCCGCGCCGCAACAGUGGAUUAGCGUCGACGGCCGGUUUUUUGUCGCAUUCGUCUGCGGCUGCGUCUGCGGCAGCGUGUGCGACCACCGUCGACGGGCCCGCCUGCGACCGCCUUGCCGUCGACGUCCUCUGUGUCCUCGGCAGGCAACUCACUGUACAGCGGGUUCUCCUCGCCGUACAAGAAGCUCAGCGUACGGCUCACCACCGCCGCGCCAAACUCCUCGACCUUGUCCGCAUGGUUCCGCGCUUCCUCAAAGUGGCCGCCGAGAGGAAGAAAAGGUUAGAAUUAAUCUUUGUUAUAAUGCACACCUAUCUUCACUCUCGAAUUUACUACUACUACCUGACGACUAUUAUUAUGAAGACAUAUCCAACUAAUAAUUAUAAUAGUUAA